GCUGUUAUUGUGGUGGGGGUGGCGGGUGUGGGUGUUGUGCUGCAGAAACAUACGUCAAUCGAAGUUGAAGGUCGAAUAAGAAGCACUGCGUUUGAAAUGGCUGAAGAAUCUACGACUACGCGUCCUAUCAGGCUUAUGAAUUUUGUUUCCGAGGACCAGUUGGAUGAAGCAAAGAGAACAAGGGGUGAGCGUGUGGAAGAUGGCACUGCUCAGAGGGAUAGACCCCUUUACGAGAUCUUAAAGGAAAAUAAAGACAAGCGGGAUGCUGAGUUUAACGAACGCUUCAAGCACAGACCCCCCAAAUCUCUCGACGAAGAUGAGACCGAGUUUCUUGACAAGUUAGAGCUGUCAAGGAAGGAAUAUGAACAACAAGUGGCAGAUGAGGAAGCUCUUCAGCUUCGAAGUUUUCAGGCAGCAGUCGCAGCUAAGUCUAUGAUUGUUCAUGAGCUUAAGGAAUCACCUCCUGUUCCAGUAGUGCAGGAACAGAAGUCGGUUGGGAAGAAGAAUCCUCCUGCUCGUUCAUUAGGCAUGCUCAUAAAAGUCAAGCCACAACCAAAAAGAGCGAAGUUGGAUCAGGGAGAUGUUGAAGAGCCUUCAAACGCGGCCAAAGUACCUGAUGUAGGUAUUGAGAAAUCUUCGCAGCCAAUAGCAACACCUAAUGGUGGUGGUGCUGAUAAGUGGAAUGAUGCUGCUAAGACUGGUCUGGUUUCGUAUAGUGAUGAAAGCGAAGAAGAUGAUUAGCAUUACUAGUUUCAUCCUUGAGAUAUAAGUAACGCUAUUAUUUUUCUGAUUUAUUUUUUUAUUUUUUUGGAUUACUUUUUAUAUAUUUUUCAUAUAUGCUGAGAGAACUGGAAAAAAAGGUGUAUAGGGAGUCGUUUUAAAUUCAGAAAAUAGGCAUUUCGGUGGCAAAUGUAUUUACCUUUUUUUUUUUUUUUUUUUAAAAGGUUGUAUUCCUGUUCUUCGUAACAAAACAACAACGAGUUUUCCCUUGACCCA